AUGGCAGGCCAGAGCGGCCAGAGCGGCCAGCUCCUCACCUUCUUCACUGCCAUGGACAACCAGGGCAACGUGAUUGUUAGAGAGGCGCCGAAACUCGACCUAGACCUCUACAUCUCAAACUACAGAGGUCGCACCCGGUUCGAGCGUCUUCUCCUCAUAGGCCAGUCGUCAGUCCCUCUGUGUGUCGACGCCCUCAAGGCCGCCGUCGCCGAAGCCAAGCGGGGCAAAGACGUCCAGCGAUACCGAGACGCCUGGGAAUGUAUCCGAAUCGCUGCCCCCAACGAGCAGGAGGCGCAGUGGGAUCAGCCCUGGGCAGACAAAACCGACAAGGCCAACAAAGUCGAGACCCACCGUCUCGAGCUGGAGCUCAAGGGCUACAAGAACAACCUGGUCAAGGAGAGCAUCCGGAUCGGGCACCGUGAUCUAGGCCAGCAUCUCGAGAGUAUUGGUGAGCUUGUAGCUGCGUCGGAUGCCUACGUUAGAAUGAGAGGUGAUGCGAGCACGCAAUCUCACAUCCUGGAUGUCUCCAAACACCUCAUCGGCGUCAUGAUACAGCGCCGCGACUGGCCUAGUGUGCUGGCCAAUGUCAACAAGAUUCUAGCUGGCAGUCUCAGCGAGGACGACAUCAAGGUUCAGCAGCCGUACCAGAAGAUGGUAUCGGGCAUUGCGCACCUGCACUCGGAGAAGUACUACGAUGCCGCAAAGAGUUUCCUCGAGACAGGAGACCUGGCCAUCUGUCAGACCUACAACGAGAUUGCCAGCCCCAACGACGUGGCCACCUAUGGUGGACUGCUGGCAUUGGCCUCCAUGGAUAGAUCGGAGCUCCAGGCCCGAGUUCUAGACAACGCUAACUUCAGAAACUACCUGGAACUGGAGCCCCAUAUUCGCAAGGCCGUCUCCAUGUUCGUCAACGGACGCUACGCUGCCUGCCUUGCCAUGCUCGAGUCCUACCGACCCGACUACCUCUUGGAUGUGCACCUGCAGAAACACAUUCCCGCCAUUUAUGCGCAGAUCCGCAGCAAGUGCAUUGUUCAGUACUUCAUUCCUUUUUCGUGCGUAACGCUCGAUAGCAUGAACGAGGCUUUUGCCAAACCUGGCGAGUCUCUCGAGGCCGAGCUCAUUACUAUGAUCCGGAGCGGUAGGCUGCAAGCCCGCAUUAACACCAUCGACCGGCUCCUGGUGGCCGUCUCGUUAGACCGACGGGCCGAGAUGCAAACAAAGGGACUAGAGACAGCUAGGGGUUACGAGAAAGAAGCGCUGGAACGAAUCCGACGAAUGAGUCUCAUUGCAGCCAACUUGGAGGUCAAGGGCAACCCUCGGGAGCGGGCGGGCGGCCCCGUCACCGACCAAUGGUAUGAAGAUACUCGGCGGCAGUUGAAUGCGGGUGAGGCGCCAGCUUAG